AUGUCAGACCUAUAUCCUUCUAUUGCGCAGUGCGCCGUUGUGGCCACUGCGCUCAAAGUCCUUCUCUUUCCUGCCUACAAGUCAACCGAUUUCGAAGUGCAUCGCAAUUGGCUGGCGCUGACCCAUUCGCUGCCAAUCAAGGAAUGGUACUACGAGAAAACUUCGGAAUGGACUCUCGACUACCCGCCAUUCUUCGCUUAUUUCGAAUGGCUGAUGUCUCAGGCCGCUGUCUACUUCGAGCCUGCUCUGCUCAAUGUGAAGGCUCUAGGCUAUGACAGCUGGCAGACGGUCUACUUCCAGCGUGCAACAGUCAUCCUUACUGAGCUAGUCUUGGUUUACGCCCUACAUCUCUAUGUCAAAGGCUCUAAAAAUAAAGCAACUGCACAUGCAGCUGCACUCUCUGUUCUGCUCUCGCCUGGACUGCUCAUCAUCGACCACAUUCACUUCCAGUACAAUGGAUUCAUGUACGGCAUCCUAGUAUUGUCCUUGGUCCUGGCCCGCAAGCAGUCCACUCUGUUGCUCAGUGGCCUUACCUUCGCGGUGCUCUUGUGCUUCAAGCACAUCUACAUGUACAUUGCCCCUGCCUACUUCGUCUUCCUUCUACGUGCCUACUGUUUGGGCGAUCGCACGGCAUUCCCAUAUUUCCGCAUCCGGUUCUUCAACUGCAUCAAACUCGCUGUCGGAAUCAUUUCCAUUCUCGCUGCAGCCUUUGGACCUUUUGCACUCUGGGGUCAGCUCGAACAAGUGUCCCGUCGUCUCUUUCCCUUUUCACGAGGAUUGUGCCACGCUUAUUGGGCACCGAACAUGUGGGCUAUAUACUCGUUCACUGACCGCGUUCUCAUAUAUCUGGCGCCAUACCUUGGCCUAGACGUUGACCAGGAGGCUAUCAAAAGUGUGACGCGAGGGCUUGUUGGAGACACAUCGUUCGCCGUACUUCCGGACGUCGUGCCGUUGACAUGUUUCUUGCUUACUGUGGGCUUCCAACUGCCGUUCCUCAUCAGACUUCUGUUCCGACCCACAUGGGAGACUUUCAUCGGUGCAGUGACGCUUUGCGGCUACGCAUCAUUCCUCUUUGGCUGGCAUGUCCAUGAGAAGGCCAUCCUCCUUGUCAUCAUCCCUUUCAGCCUCGUAGCGCUCAGAGACCGUCGAUACUUCAGUGCAUUCAGACCUUUGGCUGUAGCGGGGCAUGUGUCGUUGUUUCCACUCCUUUUUACCCCAGCUGAGUUCCCAGUCAAGACAGUAUACUCCAUUUUAUGGCUUGUAGCUUUCUUACUGGCUUUUGAUCGACUCGCGCCCGCCUCAUCGCAACUCCGGGUCUUCUUGUUUGAUCGGUUUUCUUUCUACUACAUUGCUCUAUCGAUACCCCUGAUCGCCUACUGCUCGCUCAUCCACACCAUUGUGUUUGGCGAGAGAUAUGAGUUCCUACCUCUCAUGUUUAUCAGUUCAUACUCCGCCAUAGGAGUGGUUCAAUACAAGAGGAAACCGGUCAAGACCGAGCCCUUGCCACCGUUCAUCGAUGACAAUACCGAGGUCUGGGAGAUUGAGCAGACUGGGGAAGUCUUCGUAGACUAUGAAAAGUUCCUCAACAAGCGUGACUUUUACUUGCAGCGAGUCUUCACGUGCGAAUCGACCGGGCAUUCCGGCUACACGUUCUUUGAGGCAAUGGAGAGCGAGGUACGUCCGGGUCGCUCCUUGGAAGAGGUCCUCAAAAGCGUGACCAUAACCACGCCACAGCAAGAAGCGUCACAGGAGAUAGACAGUAUAUUCCCGGAAGGCCUGAGGUCGCGGGUAUUGGAGUUUGUCCAAUUCGAGAUCACUCCGCGCAUGGAUGACCUCGUUAAUCAAGUCUAUGAUCACUUCCGCGAACAUUACAACGUAGGUGACCGUGUAGCCGUGGACACUGAAAGCGGCCGCCGGUAUGGUGUCAUAAAGAACAUGACCGAUACAUCAAGGCUCCACAGCAUGUUUAAUGGCCAGCUCCACGAGGAUUUCCGCUCAUAUACCUACAUUAUGCAAAUGGAUGACGGCGAAGAGCUUACCCGUUACAAGGCCUCCGAGUUGAUGCGAGAUCGCAGAGUCUACUCCAAGAUCAUCCUAAAACAGUUCUUGCGCAGCGCCGUUUCCAGGGAGCCAUGGCACGGAGCCCCGUGGAUGGUUAAGGAUCACCUGGCCAAGCGGUACAAUAUUCCCACCAAACUUCCGGAUGCCAAGACUCGCGAGGCUGUGAUAGCUGCGAAGAAAGCCGCGAAUGCAGAGAGAGCAGCAAAUGCUCAGCGUCUCAACGACGGUCACUCUUUCAACCAUGGAAAUGCGGGACACCCCCAAACGAACGGUAUGAGGGGACCAAUGCACGGAAACGAGCCGGGACAUAUCGGCGUCGGUCAACAAACAACAAACCACCCUCAUCGUGUGAACGGUCAGCAAUUUGGCCAUCAACCACCACUGUUUAUGUACUCAGGGCCUCCUCCAUUACAAUAUAACGGGCCAGCACCCAUGCAAUACAACGGACCCCCGCCUGCUCAGUUCAACGUACCACCGCACCUCCAGAACCCCAAUAUACCACCUCACCUAGCCGGCCAGGUACACCCCAACCUACCAGCCCAGCUCGCUCAGCAUAUCCCGCAACAAGGCUCUGGUCUGCCUAUCAGCCUGCCCUUCCAGAACAACUUCAUGCAAUAUCAAGCGCUCGCAAAUCAACCUUCGAACGGGCCUCAGCAUCAGUCGGCCCCUGUUCCUAGGCCAUUCGAACCGAUCAAGUAUCCUAUCGAUGAUCUGAGAAUCCGACAGCCACGCGUCAAUGUCACGCGACCUCCGUUGAAGUUUCUGUCGGACGAUGUUCCAGACGGCGUUGACCCGCCUGAGGAUGAUAGGAAGACAGGAAUAUUGAUGAAGAGCAUUGGUCCUUUGCUGACCAUAUGGGAAACCAUCAACGUCCACGAUACCAUCUACUCUCUCGAUUCGUUCACGAUAGAUGACUUUGUUGAGGCGAUGGGAUAUGCUUCGGAUGACCCAGAGUGUGAAUUGCUUAUCGAGGUGCACUGUGCUGUACUCAAGCAAUACGUCAACAGCUCUGGAAAGCUACAAAUUCAUCUUCCCAGCAUGGUCGAUGACGACGAGUCCGAAGACGAAGAAGAGUCGAGCAGGGAAGCAACGCCGGAACCAGAGCCGCCGAAGCGGACUACCCGCAGCAGCCUGAGGAAGUCGGAAGUCGCUGAGAUCGUAGAGAAGCCACGUACUCCAACCCCGGAGCCUCCAAAACAAAUCCACAAGGCUGCUGAGUUUGUGGAGGACUUCAACUGGGUGGAAAUGUGCAAGGAGCGGAACUUCCGAGAAGGCGGUUGGCAAGCUAUCCUUGUAGGAUUGCUUCACCAGCUGUCAUACAACCCAUCCCACAAGGAAGAUUGCGACGAGAUCCUCUCUCAGCUUGUCCCUCCGGACGAGGAACCUUCCGUCGAGAAUAUCGCGACAAAUUAUCUCAACCUUGAUGUCAACCUGCGCAUUACUGCAUUGGACAUUGCUCUGCGCCUCACUGUCACCACUGAACAGUUUCGUGAUCAACUGCAGAAUGCUGCUCAGGAUAUGACCAAUCUUCGCAAAGAGAAGAUCGAAUACCAGCGAAAGCGAAAGGAACUAGCCGAUGAGAUGUUCAAGCUCGACAUUGAUCGGAAGAUUGCGCUUCCCCUGAACACACCAGCAUCGCCGACCGAUACGAAAGAUACGCCAGACGUGUCCAUGGCCGAUGUAGAAGACGCCAAGGAGGAUGAGGAAGGCAGCGACUCAUCAGAGGAGGCUAAGAACGCAUCUCGCAAAAAGCGCAAGGCUGUAAUGUUGACGAAGCGCAAGCGGGACAGCGAGGUGGCAAAGAAGGAAAAGGCUAAGAAGGCCAAGGCAGAAGCGGCGAAGAGCAAGCAGCAGAGAGACUGGGAGAAGCUUUUGGACGACAUCGAAAGGAAAAAGGAGGAACUCCGGGAAUGCGAGGCCAGUAUCGCCGAGCUGGACGACGAUCUUCGCGAAGCCUCUGUACACCGUUCUAAGAUCCUGGGUAAGGACCGCUUCCUGAAUAAGUAUUACUGGUUCGAGCAUAAUGGCAUGCCCUUCGGAGGCGUGCCGCAAUCUUCGACUGCAGAGUACGGUUACGCCAACGGUCGUGUAUGGGUCCAGGGACCGGACGAGCUUGAGAUUCAACCUAAUAUGGAGGAGCCCGCUUUAACGCAAGAUAUGAAUGAGUUUGGCUGGACGGUUCCCAUGCGGAAGGAUCGCGAAGAGGGCCCGACGCACCUUAAGACGUCUGCCGAUUGGGGCUACUAUGACGACCCUGAAGACAUUGACAGCUUGAUGGCGUGGCUUGACGAGCGCGGUACGCGUGAGAAGGCUCUUCGCAAGGAACUAGUCAUCUUCCGGGAGAGGAUCACGGAAUACAUGCAGAAGAUGAAGGCACAUCUGGAAAAGACCGAGGAUGAAGAGAUGGAGGAAGAGGAAGAAGAGGUCCCCACGACACGUUCGACCCGCAACAGGACCAGCGCAGUUGUUGAAAAGGCUGAUGAGGUGCCACAGCCACGAUGCUUGCUCUGGACGAACAGCAUGAUGCGCGAGCGGGAGGGCUACAACCACAGCGAGGAGUACGAGCCUCCGAAGCGGACCAAGAAGGGCACUGCGAAGGUCACCAAAGGCAAGGGUCGAAAGUAG